AAGGUCACAGGUUCAAAUCCUAGGAGCAGGGUGAGCUCCUGCCAUUAGCCCCAGCUUCUGCCAAGCUAGCAGUUCGAAAAGAUGCAAAUGAUGGAACAUGAGGCUUCCCAGCUAGAAAAGCAACAUGUACAUAGUGUCUAUGAAAACACGGCCACCUAUUUCAAUGAUCUUCAGGGCAAAGCAUGGCCUCGUGUUCGACAGUUUCUGCUAGAACAAAAGCCUGGAAGCCUCAUUGCAGAUAUAGGUUGUGGGACUGGAAAAUAUCUUGGUGUCAACAGCCAAGUAUAUAACCUUGGAUGCGAUUAUUGUGGCCCUUUGGUUGAGAUUGCAAAGACUAAAGGUUGUGAAGUGAUGGUCUGUGAUAACCUUAAUCUUCCUUUUCGUGGCCAGUGCUUCAAUGCAGUCAUCUCUGUGGGAGAGCCCGCCAGCUCCCAUUACAUGACGUACCACUACUUCCGGCAGGGCCCCAUGGUUAAAGGGAUGGCGAAGUGGAGAAUGCCACCACGGUGGCAACACAGUUGGCUUCCUGUGUUGCCUUGA